AUGACCACAGUGGCGCCCACUCUCGAGACCUCCAAGCAGAUCCCCAUUGCCGACCUCUCUCCCGCUUCUGACCAUGCUCCGUCCUGCAUUGUAGGCCAAGUUGUGCUGGUUUGGCCCUACUCUAGCUCGACCGGCACGCUUGCCCUGCUUUUGGCAGAUACUGAUGUCCGACGGCGCAAAUCCAAAGGUCAGGUGAAGGUCGUCUUCCGCCAUGGGUGUGCCCGAGAAGUGGCAAGGACAAAAGUCGGCAUUGGGGAUACAGUCAAGCUGGGGUUAGACGACUGCAGAUGGACAGAGACGGGCGAUUUGAUUUCCACUCCGGGCAAGAAGAUAGAUUGGGACCUAGAAUACUGGAAACAGGUUAUCUUGCAAGUUCAACGAGACGGUGACCUCCAUUCUACAGUCGACUAUAGAGCGAAUGAACCCGAUGAAUCCGAUGCUUCCUCCGCAGACAGCGCAAUUGCUCUGGUCAACGGCGCGUCCACCACUCGUGCCUCCGUGAAUGGAGUUCUGCAUCGCCAGCAGAGUACAAUCCACGUCCCGUACUUGACACCGCAAAAGCCCGUCCGAAGGGUCUCCGCAGGUACAUUUAUCGAUGCCGCUCUGGACUCUUUCGUGGAAGAUGACGGAUACGUUCCUGGUCAAGGACGGAAGAGAACCAAGUUUGCGAGGAACAGCGGAGCAUGGAGCCUCGUGGACUCGGACGACGACUCAAAAGAUAUUUCGCAGUCACGGCUCGACGCCGGACAAGUCGAGCAGCAACAAAGCCUUACACACGAAGAGAUCAGUUUGACGGUCGAACCCUCUGAGCGUGUUGGGCAGGAUCAGAUGCCACACGAAGCGAUCGACUUAACGGUGGAAACUUCUGAGCAUACAGAGCAGGACCAGAUGCCACACGAAGACAUUGACGAUGCCCGGACAGAAAAACUGCCUGCCGACAUCCUGCAAACUCCGGCUGUGGAGGUUAUCGAGAGCGCGAGCUCACCUCCGCUUACCAACUCAGGAGGGUCAUCUUCAAUACCCCAACCAGUGCUCAUGGGUCCGCCUUCAACACCGCUCAAAGCCACGCGUUUGCAUUUGCCACCAGUGGAGGUUGACGUGACCGAAAUCAGCCCCCCACCUGACGCUGCCACCACGCCGCGGUUGCUCCCUCUCGCGUCGCCAGGGCUACCAUUGGUCUCACCUCUGGUCCAGAGAGCAGGAGUGGAGGUGGGAUACUUCCCAGUAUUCGAUGAGCCUGCAUCUCAGUUAGAAGCUUCCGGUGAUUCGCUAGCCGUUGCUACAGAAGAUGCCAGACCUGAGAACGAGCUGGAUGCCGCAUCAUUAUCAGGGUCUGACGGCUCACUGAUGAUUGUGGAAGAAGUGUCUGUUCUCCGGAAACCGUCGGCAGAUAUCGAGGCUGAGCCUGUUGGACGCUCAAAGCACACGGAGACCCUUGACGAAACCACGGGCGAGACAGGGAAUGUGGUAAGCACAAGGAGCGCUGGAUACCAAGAACCGCAGUGGCUGUCGGUUUUGGAGUCAAAUAUCGACGAAGAGCGCCUUCGGUCCGGUGACAAGUCACCCUCAGAGAUAGCUCCCAGGCUCCCUUACCCAGGUGAGGCGGUUGAAGACGAGGAUGACGAUAUGUAUGGGGCACCUGCUGAUAUGUCACAAACAACCGGGGUUUGGGUCAGUCCUUCUUCAGUCGAGGCGCCGAAGAGCCCGCUGGAUGUCAUCGAACAAUUCCUGCAAAUGUCCCCAGUUGCACCAACGCGACCCUCGAAUGUCUUCGAACACAUUGAUUUAGGCAAUGUCUCGAACAUUCCGAUUACGCCUUCGCACGACAGUGUGGAGGGGAGUGCAGCUGCAGACGUUCGGCAAGAGAAGACAUCAAUUCCUGUUUUCGAGAAAUCCUCAUCAGUUACCUAUCCCGAGUCACAAUCUCCGUUCAGGCAGAAUCGAGCUCAGCAAACAAGCUCCGGUACCUCUAGUCGACGCUCGUCUGAUCAUCGCACGCGGCUCCGGUCCUUGGAUGGCACCCUCGAGCUCCACGACCCUGGUGCAGACUACAUAAAUCAGCUUGCUCAAAUCGCUGCGACCGCGGGAAGCGUGAAGCAGCCUACAGAAAACGCCGAGUACGCACACGGCGCGCCCCAGAGAGAUGUGGGUUCAGAACACGACGUGCCACCAGCUAACAUUCUAGCCCAAGAGGUGGGCAGGGUUGACUCCUCCGAGGGUGCGGCAGAAGAGGUCACACGACAAACCUACGAGACUGUAAGAUUUGACGCGUCUGAGGGAAUAGAUCCACAGCCUGCGACGCAGACCAUCAAGCUACACGACCGAGAGGAGGACGUAAUCAAUCCGUCUGGGUCCUUGCGCAGCCCCGAAGCUCAAGUACAACUACCAACACCGGAUCAGUCGCAACUGUAUCAACCCUCGCCUGCACAGAACACUCGUCUUGAGCAGACUGAAGACCCGACAGAAGUGAACGUCGUUGCUCUUCCAACACCUCAACAUACGCAGGAAGACGCUGCACAGGAGCAAGAGGUAUCUGCACAGGUCACUGCAGAGCUGGAAGCGCAGACCCGAGAAGAGAGAUCAACGGAUUCUUUUCGGGAGGCACCUGCUCGAGACGCGCAAGAGAAGACGCCAGACAUUGACGAGGACGGAGAGAGGGAGGAGCCUAGUGAAGCGCUGGCGGCAAGCGCAGCUCCUGCUAUGGCUCCCACGAUCUCUGAUCUGCACCCUGACACGGUCGCUCCUCGUCGAGUCUCCCAACGCCUCUCGGCCAGAAAGUCCGCCAUGGCUAGCAACAUCUCUAGUCCGUAUUUUACCCCUCGUAAACCAGCUCCAGCGCCCUCUUCGUCACCAACUCGCAAAGAAAAUAUCCACCCUGCGUCGCCAGAUCGGAGCGAUUCGCGAUCAUCCCCGGUGCGAGAGCGAAAGAAGACACCAGUUCCAUCCGCCUUCUUCCAAGAGGCAGAGCCAAAUGGCAUUGACAUCACGCCUAUCUCCCCCAAUUCGCAGGCAAAGAGGCCGACAUCCCGCAGGCAUACAGGCAUCACAACUCCUCUCGCAUAUUAUGCGCACCUGAGUUCUUUGCAUGAGCACUUCAGCCAGGUUGUAGACAUCAUCGGUGUAUGCACACAGUCGUCGGCACCGCCGCAAAGAUCGAGAUCAGGGCCGAAAGACUACCAUACCACCUUGCGCUUAGCUGAUCCUUCACUCCCCGCUGACCGGCACGCGCCAGUACCUGCCCAGAUUUUCCGGCAUGCCAUGAAUGCCAUUCCUACAACCACUAGCGGAGACGUUGUGAUCCUUCGGAACUUCAAGGUCCAGACUUCUGAAAGAAAGUUCAUGCUUUUGAGCACGGAGACAUCCUCAUGGGCUGUCUUCCAGGCCAAACCCGGCUCAAGUAUGAGUUGGUCGGAUGUUAUCAUAUCUGGCCCUCCCAUUGAGUACGGUCCCACCGAAACCAGUCGAGUCAAGCUUCUCUUCAGCUGGUGGAAUUCAGCUGGCAAACAACUAUUUUCUGCAAGUACUUCAACAAAUGACCAUGAAGGUAUUGGAGUCAGUUCAGGCGAACCGCGGAGCAGGUCUCCAAUUCGCAAAGACGAUGGACAACCUCGUCUAAAAGCCCAACCUGCCAGCGGCCUGAACCUGAAUGACCGCGCCGUCAAAGAAGCCGAGAUAAAUGUUCGGCCUGCUCAGCAGACCAGUAGGCGCAAGGCCAACAGGACUGAUCACACUGGCAAUGAAGGCGACGAAGACGUGAACAUGAUAGAAGAUGAUCGUGAGAAGAGCGCUCCUCUGACGGAUGCAACCAACCACCGCAGACAAUCCACCGUGUCCAUAGCGGCAUCAGAGCCGGGCAGAACCGUCACCCCACGAAGAAGCACCAGACAGAAGCAUAAGAAGUCCCCGAGUUUGGUGCACGAAUUGCGUGAUGGGACCAAGUACGUCGAUGACGAUCGAAGGAGGAGCGGAAGUGUCGUGCAUGAGUUGAGGGAUGGUGUUACUUAUGUUGAUUAA